CGCGGCAGCUGCUAGUCCUCGGCGCCCAGCCAGGCCACGAUUCCAGGAUUCUACAAGCAGGAAGCAUCUUGGAAAUCAGGGCUGGGCAGGCAGGCUCCAGGAGAGCAGCUACAAUGACUUCUGUGCUGAUGGACAUACAAGAGGAAGUGACCUGCCCCAUCUGCCUGGAGCUCCUGACAGAGCCUUUGAGUGUAGACUGUGGCCACAGCUUCUGUAAAGCCUGCAUCACACAGAACAGUGGGGAAUCAGAGAACGGCCAGGAAGGGGAAAGCAGCUGUCCAGUGUGCCAGGUCAGCUACCAACUUGGCAGUCUCCGGCCUAAUCGGCACCUGGCCAACAUAGCGGAGAGGCUCAGAGAGGAGGAUGGAAAGGUCAUUUGCUGGCUUUGUGAGCGUUCUCAGGAGCACCGUGGUCACCACACGUUUCUCAUGGAGGAGGUUGCCCAGGAGUACCAGGAGAAGUUCCAGGAGUCUCUGCAGAGGCUGAGGAAAGAGCAGGAAGAAGCUGAGAAGCUAAAAGCUUUCAUCAGACGGAAGAGGGCAUCCUGGAAGAAUCAGAUGGAGCCUGAGAAACACAGGAUCCAGACAGAGUUCAAUCACCUGCGAAGCAUCCUGGACAAAGUGGAGCAGCGGGAACUGAAAAAGCUGGAGGAGGAAGGGAGGAAGGGGCUGAGAAUUAUAGAAGAGGCUGAAAAUGAGCUGAUCAACCAGAGCCAGUCUCUGAGAGAGCUCAUCUCAGACCUGGAGUGUCGAUGCCAGGGGUCAGCAAUGGAGCUGCUGCAGGAUGUGAGUGAUGUCACAGAAAGGAGUGAGUUCUGGACCCUGAGGAAGCCAGAAGCUCUUCCCACCAAGCUGAGAAGCAUGUUUCGAACCCCAGAUCUGAAGAAGAUGCUGCGAGUGUUUAGAGAGCUGACGGAUGUGCAGAGCUACUGGGUGGACGUGACUCUGAACCCGCACACAGCUAAUUUAAAUCUUGUCCUGUCUAAAAACCGGAGACAGGUGAGAUUUGUGGGUGCUGAGCUGUCUGAGCCUUCUUAUCUGGAAGAACAUUAUGACUGCAGUGUCCUGGGCGUCCAGCACUUCUCCUCAGGAAAGCAUUACUGGGAAGUGGAUGUGGCCAAGAAGACCGCCUGGAUCCUGGGGGUGUGCAGUAAUUCCGUGGUACCUACCUCCUCUUUCAACCAGUAUGCUAAAAAUCCCAAUGCUUACUCGAGAUACCAGCCUCAGAGUGGGUACUGGGUGAUUGGGCUUCAGCAUAAACAUGCGUACAAGGCCUAUGAGGACUCCACCGCAGCCCUGCUUCUCUCCAUGACAGUGCGCCCUCGUCGAGUUGGGGUUUUCUUAGACUAUGAGGCUGGCACCGUCUCCUUUUAUAAUGUCACGAACCACGGCUUCCCCAUUUACACUUUCUCCAAAUAUUACUUCCCCACUACCCUGUGCCCGUAUUUUAAUCCUUGCAACUGUGUAGUUCCCAUGACUCUUCGUCGCCCAAGCUCUUGAACGUUCUACUGUCUGCUGUCCACCACACCUGAGCGGUACCCUUCACCCUGCGGCUUCUCUGCACAUGGUUCUCCUAAUCCCCUGUUUUUCUAUAUUCUCACUUUUG